AUGAUUAGACACCUUCUGCAUGGAUGUAGGAAUCGCCUUCUCACACCUAAAAGCAAUAUCUUCUUUUCUCUUCCGAAAGUAAAUUCUUGUAGAAGAAACCUUUCUUCCAUAAUUGACAAUCCAGAAUAUUUGAAAAUGGCUACCACUGAAAAUUCACUUGAAUUUUUGCAACAUUCAGAUAAAAUCGACAUUGAUCGUGAAUUAUUAAAAGCUGCUCUUAUGGGUCAUGGAGAGAAUUUGAAAUUCUGCCCUUUCGAAUAUAGAAAUGAUAUUGAAUUGGUAAUGUUGGCUGUGCAAAAUAAUCGAUUUGAGAUUGCUUUAGAAUUUGCCUCUGAAGAAAUGAAGGAUAAUGAACAAGUAGUUGAGGAAUCAAUGAAAGGUGUUCCAAGUAGUUUCAGAUUUGCAUCUGAAAGGAUUCGAAAUCAGAAAGAAUUUGCAUUGAAGGCAAUUUCAUAUUUGCCAUCAAAUAUAUUCUAUCUUUCGGAAAGAUUACAAAAUGAUUGGGAUAUUAUUGAGAAAACUUUAGAAUUGGAUGGUGAAUUAAUUCUUUCUCUUCAAUUUAGAAGAGAAGAAAUGAUGCAAAAUAAGGAAAUACUUUUAAAAAUAUUGAAAUCGUGUUCCUUGUAUUGCAGGAGAUGUAUUUUCAGAUAUUUGAAGAGUACUGAUUCUGCCUUAUUGAAAGAUCAAGUAGUUUUGCAAAAUUUCGUACUUCCAAAGAUAUUAACUGAUGGGUGGAAUGUUAAAAAUAUUGACACUGGAAAAGAGGAUGUUAAAAUGGUUGUUGAAACUGGUAAUUUGAAAAUUGAUGGUCCACUAAUUCUCAAACAAUUAGAGUUAUUCAAAUAUGCACCCUUAGAAAUACGAUCUGAUAUUGAACUGGUUAAAAAAUUUGUUUCAAAAAGAGGUGAAUUGUUAGAGUUUGUUGAUGAACCGCUUAAGGAUGAUUACAAUGUGGUUUUACGUGCCGUUUGUUCUACUUAUAAUGCUCUCCGGUUUGCUAGUGAGAGGUUGAAAAACAACCAAGCAAUUUGUCUUGCAGCAAUGAAAGCCAAUCCAAAACAGUUCAUCCAUGUGUCAGAUAGCAUAAAAUCAAACAGAGAGUUCAUUCUCGAUUUAUUAGAUGACUGUGGAAAUAUUUUCCUUUUUAGGGGAGAUUAUUUUGGAUCCAUAUUUGAGUAUAUGGACGACAAACUCAAAUCAGAUUUGAGUUUUGUAAAAGAAGUUUUUGGAAAGAAUAUUAACUCUAUCGUGAAAUAUAUUUCAAACAUUGAUGGAGAAUUAUUUGAAAGGAUUCUUCAAAGCUGUUCAUUACAUUACAUUCCAAAAUCAGUUAAUAUUCAAGCGUACCGAGGAAAAAUUGUUGAAUAUUUGAGUAAAUACCCCUAUAGGUAUUCUGAUGUUGUGAGUCAUUUUCCAGAUGAUAGAGAAUUAGCUCUCAAAUUUAUUGAACUCUCACCUAAUUGUUUCAGAAAGUUAAGCUAUCGACUUCAAAAUGAUCCUGAAAUUGCAGGCAUAGUAUUCUCAGGAACAGGUUUUAUACAUUUCAAAGAAGAUAUGGACAGGGGAUUAAUUAUUAAAAAGCUGAAGGAGAAUGCCUACAGUUUGUGGUCAUUGCCAGAAAAAUAUCACCAAGAUAGAGAAAUUGUUUUAAAUGCAGUGAAAAAGGGAGGCAGCAUUGCUAUAACAAAAUACUUUAGAGAAGAUAGAGAAAUUGUGAUGGAGGCCUUAAACAACACCAACUUUGAUUUGAGUAGUAUUUCUUCAAAUCUGAGAAAAGAUAAGGAGAUUGUAAUGAAAGCAAUUGAAAAUAAUUCUUAUAAUUUUUGCUAUGCUGACAAGGUAUUCAGGUCAGAUAAGGAAUUUAUUAUGAAACUAUUUGAUAAUCCAAAGUUUGCACUACAUAGUCCAUGUAUUUCUUCCUUGGACAUCAAGUUGAGGGAUGACAAUGAAAUUGCCUCAAUGUUUCUGAAACGAUGUCCAUCACACUUUGUCUACUUGAGUGAGAGAUUGAGAAAUGACCCUUCCAUUGCAAUUCCUCUCAUUCUUGAUAAUCCCUACUUGUUGCCUCAUUCUCCAUUGUUUAGCCAAGACAAAAAAUUGAAAUUGCAAAUUGUUGAAAAUGGUUAUUUCUUUCAUUUAUUUACAGAAUUCCAUGAAGAUCUAGAUAUUCUUCGAGUAUUCUUCUCCAAAUAUCCAAAAGAAGCAGCUGAAUUCUGCCAACAUUACAAUUCAGAAGAGUGGACCAAACACAAAGACCUUGUUGCACUAGUUUUAGCUCAUUAUCCCGAUGCUUAUUAUAAAGCAAGCAAAGAGAUUCAAAAUGAUCCAGAAAUUAUUCGGCUUUAUAAUAAGAGCAGGAAGUGCCUUGUACUGCUGCAAUGA